GUCUUCUUUUCAUCGGUUGCUGCGGUGCUGGGAAGCCCUGGUCAGGUACCUUAUUCGGCAGCAAACGCAGCGAUUGAUGGCUAUAGCGCGUUUGCGGUGCGUUCUCAAGGUACCAGGAUGCUCAGCAUUCAAUGGGGCCCUUGGAAGGAAGCUGGCAUGGCAGCGAACGAGAAGGCUUUGAGGCGCGCAAGUGAUUUCGGCUUUGGCGCGUGGAGCAACGACCAAGGCGUUGCGAUGAUGAGCUACCUCUUGACUGCAAAGGCUCAGGGGAGUGUCUGUUUGGCGUUGAAGCAUGAUUUGCAGUUCUGGCCCCAUGGCCAGAUGUUUGGCCCGAGCAGUUGGAAGGCAGCUCUUCCUCAGGAUUCCCUGGAGUCGCAGAUUCACCGUGUGAUAGCAGAUUUGCUGAAUGAUGAGGUGUCCUUAGAUGCAGAUUUGAAUGAGUCUGGCCUCGACUCCCUAGGCGCCGCAGAAAUGGCCAGGUCUUUGUCAGCCCAAUUUGGCAUGAAGCUCCCGGCCACUUUGCUGACAGAUGCUCCAACAGAGAAAGACCUGCAAGCGUACAUUCGCAAGGAGAUGGCCAGUCAGAGCAGACCUCAAGGCUCUCCUGCGGUCCAGCGCACAACUUUGGUGGUCGGUGCUGGUGUAGGUGGAGUGGCGUUUGCCCAGCAACUGGUGCGCGCAGGUGAGCGUGUCAUUGUGAUGGAAAGGUCUGCAGAAGCGGGAGGUUGUUGGUCUCUCGGAAAUACAUCAUCGCAGCUUCAGAUCGAUUCUCCCUCCUACAUGCUGGACUAUGAACAACCAUUUCCUUGGCAAACAACGUACCCCAGCAAACAGCAGGUCAUGGCGCAGGUUUCUUCAGUCGCUCAUGAGCUACCCGAUUUGCGACUGCGGCACACUGUCCAUUCGGUCGAGACCCUUGCAAGAGGUGAGUACUUGGUGAGAUACUCGGACGACUUGAACCAAAAUCGAGAACUCCGAGUGGAUGGGGUGGCGUGCUUUUUGGGAGGCUUGCACCGCCCCAAUGAUCUCCGAUUUCCAGGUGAGGAACACUUUGCUGGACCUUGCAAACUCGGUCAUGCAGAUGACGUCCCUCCUGCUGCGUUCAAAGGCAAAGACGUGUUGAUCGUUGGGCAUGGAGCUUUUGCGGUGGAGAACCUUCGAACAGCCCUUCAGAACAAUGCCCGCUCCGUCAUCAUGGUGGCCAGGCGGCGCAAUGUGGUGUUCCCCACAGUGGUGAAUUGGCUCAUCAACUCCGUUGACAAGACUCUUUCAAUCCGGGCAAUCCGCCCGAUUCUGGCUCAGUUCUAUGCUGCAGUUGGCCUCACUUUGGAGGAUUUACCUGGGCUCGAUGGCGAUUCAAUUGAUUUCCGCAUCCCAGCGUGCUCGGACAUUUACUUUCUGGCGCAGGCAAUGGGAGUCUUGAAGGUCAUUAUAGGCGAGGUGGACCACAUAGAGACAGAUGCGGUAAUUGUGAAGCAAGCAGACGGAACACUGCAGCGUUGCCGUUGUGACAUAUUCCUCAAAUGUCUUGGCUUCCAUCGCGAUGACUUGGUGCGACAAAUCUUCGGACGAGACCUCGAACGCAAUGCUAGCUUCUGGAUCAAUGGCGACCCGAACUUGGUCGCCAACGAUCAAUUUCAGGUGCCAGAGAGAGUGAACAGCCUCCUGUGUCCAAGCUAUCCUUUCUAUGUCCAAGCUUUCGCCAAAGCCUUCUUGUACUACCGAAACAAUCCAGAGGUCUUCGAGAAGACCAAGUUUGCUCCUGGAGUCGAUGUGACCAUCAUGUGGGAGCACUUUGGGCCGACCAAAGAGAAAGUCGCGCAAGUCACGGCACACCAGCUACCCUUCCACUUCUUUGUGGCCCAGCGCCGGGAGGAUUGGAUACGCAAUGUCGCGCUCAUUCAAAAGAAUCGCGAAGAUUUCCUGCAUGACUUGGGAGGAGCUCCGCUUCUCUCGGUUGCUGACUUCGAUGAGCUCUUGCGCCCAGCGAGUGCCAUGGUGGCCCGACUUUGGCCUACAAGCCUCCAGAACCUCUGGGGCGCUUUGACCGUGCCACGCCGGCUGAGAGUCUUGUUCUUCCAUGGGCAAAAGACCGAUGCGGCCAUUGCCUAUGAACUGUUGAAACGCCAAGGCUGGCUGACGCAGACGAUGGAUUUUGUGAUUUUCGAUGGCCCGCACAGCGUGCUGGCUGACACAGACGAUGAACAGCUUCAGCGCGUUGGCCUUACUCAACUGGUUGAGGAGAUGAAGUAUGUGCCUGGUGGAGAAUACAAGGAAUGGUGUGCCAACUUUGAUAUCUUCUUCGAUAUCCACAUGAAAAAUGAGCAGCGAGACCUUUCCAGCGAGGAGGAAGACUUGGAGCUGAAACGUUAUGAAGAGGCAUUCGUCUACCUCAAGCAACAUGCCAAAAGUCAUGGUCCAUUUGACGCAGUGGCUGGGUUUUGUCAAGGCGCCGCAUUUGCACAAGCUGCGCUGUGGAAGCAGCAGCAGAGUGACAUUGGCCUUGGAGAAGUGCGAAUGAUGAUAGCUAUGGCUCCAUGGCAAUGCCCCUACCACGAAAAGAAGGGCUGCUUUCAACAGCCGCUGGACAUGCCGCUGCUGUUACUCCAUGGGCGCAAGGACUUGGAGAUGUUCAAGCAAGCGGCCCCGAUCUUUGGCCAAAGUUUCAACAAAAGAACUCGAACUUUGGUGGAGUUCGAAGGUGCGCACGCAUAUCCUCCUUUGAACCGAUCGCAAAACCUCCGGAAUGCAGUUGAUGAGUUCCUAGAUUCAAACUGGCUGCCAAAAUGACAAGUGAGG